AUGACGCUUACAUUUGGUGUAAUUGAUUAUAUAAUCUAUGGUUCUUACAGUGAACAACUUCAACAGUCAAAAGUAGAAUUGAAUAAUUAUGGAGCAUUUGAUAUCCAUUUUACAUUACCUGACAAUGUUAACUUAGUCUCAUCAAUGAUUCAAUCACCGCUAGCAUAUUAUUGCUAUCCAACUGUUGACCAAUACUCUAUAGCUGGCUGUGAAGGAAAACUAUUUGUUGGUGGUUGUUUAAAUGGUGCAUAUGUCCGAUGGACAAAUUAUGGAAAGAAAGAUGAACCUGUACAAACAAAAGUCAUCGUAACAGAUAUUGAUGGAAAUUUAAUUGAUAAUAUUUUGGUUCGAUGCGACGUCAUUGGAUAUGGUAGCGAAAUAAAAGAAGAUCAAAAUGGUUUAACAAUAUUUGAAGAAAUAAAAGAUGAACAAACAUUAACAAUAGUUAGUUCAAAUAAAGGCGCGGUUAAUAUUGCUUAUACACCAAAAUUAGUUAAAGGUUUAAAUUUUUAA